GUCAAACGACAAGUGACAGCUGUCAGCUGGCCUUUCCUUUCUUUCCGGUGACUGCUACACAAAAGACGCUAAAGAUGUUUAUGCCAAAAGCUCAUCGUGUCGCUAUCUAUGAGUACCUCUUCAAAGAGGGAGUCAUCGUUGCCAAAAAGGAUUUCCACGCUCCCAAGCACCCCGAGCUGGAGACUAUUCCCAACUUGCAUGUAAUCAAAACAUUGCAGUCAUUACACUCACGCGGCCUGGUGAAGGAACAGUUCGCAUGGAGACAUUAUUACUGGUACUUGACCAACGAAGGUAUUGAGUACCUCCGCAGCUACCUGCAUUUGCCUCCAGAAAUUGUGCCGGCUACAUUGAAACGCCCAGCGCGCUCAGAGACAAUGCGUCCACGCCCAGCGGCAUCUACUCGCACUGGCGACUCUUCCAAGACCGGUGAGGACCGUACAGCGUACAGACGUGCGCCCGGUGGACCCGACAAGAAAGGUGAUGCUGGUCCAGGUGCUGCCGAUGUUGAUUUCCGUGGUGGUUUCGGUCGUGGCGCACGCCCUCAAUAAUUUAGUUGUAAAACGAUGUUACAGAUGGAAGUUUUUAUUUUAAAGUAAAUAAAAAAAAACAAUCACGGAAAA